GAAUUUUGUCGACUAGUAUAAAAAUUGUUCGAAACGCGCUUCUCAUUCCGAUCCGACGACUCUGGACGAUGUAGUUUGUGUUGCUGCGCCCUCCUGUCGAAUGCUUUCCAGUUAAACGCCAUCGACAGAAUUCAUUAGAUUAAUUGGCCGCAUUGAAUUAAUCCAUUGGAGCGCGAUGCCCGUCGGUGGACCUAUUAAGAGGAUUCCGUCCAUGAAGCGGGGUUCGAUCAGCAAAGGCGCCAAGGGCGACAAGCCGGCCCAGCAAGAGUUGCCAUGGGACAUGAUCGACAGAUGUCUGUUGCCAAUUAUCUUCUGUCACGCAGCAGCCGUGCUCCUGUCUACGAUAUUGAAUGUUCUUCGCAUUUCUCAAGUAUCGACAUUCACUCUGUUCAUUUGGUUCACCGUGAGCACCAUGGGCGCCAUACUAUUCUAUCACAACCUUAAGGUGAGCGCGGCCGGCAAAGCCGUGCUGGUGACCGGUUGUGAUGGUGCUAUAGGCUGGACGCUGGCCCAGCGCCUGGAUGAACUUGGAUUUACGGUUUUUGCCGGAUUUCGCAGUCGUGCUGGUAAUGCAGACGCUGAUUUACUAAAGGAAGUCUGCUCAGGCCGCCUGCACACGUUGCAGCUAGAUACGACGUCAGAAACUCAAAUUCUGUCCGCAUCUUUAUACAUAGUGGAACAUCUACCGGAUGGUGCGAGUGGCCUCCACGCCGUGGUGAAUGCCGCCGCUUGGUGCGCAAUGGGCGAACUCGAAUGGGUUCCUUUCUCGGUUGUCAGGCGGUCCAUGGACGUCAACCUUUUAGGUACCACUCGUUUGACUCAAGCAAUGCUACCAUUGAUACGCAAAGCACGGGGCCGGGUCGUAUUCGUGACUUCAGGCUUAGCACGUGUAUCCGCACCUGUACGAGGUGUCCACUGUGCUGGUAUGGCCGCUCUGGAGGCGUUGGCAUCAUGUCUGCGCCGAGAGCUCAGGCCGAGGGCCGUUGAUGUUGUGGUAGUCGCCCCGGGAGAAUAUACUUCUGGCAACGCGUGGCUGUCCGAAACUUCACUUUUGAAUCAGGCAAAGGACAUGUGGGAGCAACUCAGUCAGGAGCAGAGGAAACUCUACGGGAAAGAUUAUUUUGAGCAGGCUUUGCGAUCCCUUGAGAAAUUCGUCAAAGGACCGGUGAAUCUGACGCCAGUCACCCGUUCCCUGGUUGAUGCCGUACAGCGUACAUUCCCGUUGCAGCGAUACACACCAGUCACCAGAGCAGAGAAAAUUCAGGCGUUCGUAGCUGCACAUCUUCCUUCAUCUGUCUACGACGUCAUAUACAACAAAUGAUGAAGAUUUUAUCAAAUUGUCAGGAAAUCAUAUUUGCGUUGACUGAGCACGGCUGGUCUGGAAACUUGUCGGUCAAUAGAAUCAGCAAUUUCAAUUCACAGUAGAUGAUGGUAUUGGUAUUGGCAUGGUCUGUCUUUUCUCAUUUCUACCUGAGAUUGUUUCCGACGAGCCGUGCUCAGUCAAGUCUGAUUCGGCAAAUACGCAAAAGUUAAAUAUCAAAUGACCAAAAGUGUAUAAUUACAUUUAGGUAACUAGAUAUGGAGAUUGCGUAAUUGGCAGUUCAAUACGAGAUCGAUCGAAAUUGAAAUUGUGUUCAAAUAUCUGUACCAUAAGUUAUAUUA